AUGGAAUCUACGCCGAAACUCAAAAUUCUUUGCUUACACGGUUAUCAACAAAAUGCUACUGUUUUUCGAAGUAAAUCAGGCAGUUUCCGGCGUCCUAUGAAGAAAUACGCUGAUUUCGUUUUCAUGAAUGCCCCGCAUGAAGUUGAAUGGGAACAUGCUUCAGAAACUGAAAGUGAUGCAGCAUGUGUAGCACCAGCAGAUUGUCGAGGAUGGUGGUAUGUCUCGCAACGUUUUCAUACUAGGAAAGUGAAAGAUCAUGAAGGCUUCGAAGAGUCUGUGCAAGCAGUUGUCGACUUUGCACGAAAAGAAGGACCCUUUGAUGGACUACUCGGUUUUAGUCAAGGUGCUACCUUGGCUUUCUUACUUUCUGCUCUGAAGCGAAAAGAAGAUGUGAAUAUCGAUUUUAGAUUUCUUAUUCUGAUAUCCGGAUUUCCGAGUAGAAAUCUGGAACACCAGAAAUUGAACGAAAUGGCUCAGUCAAAUCUUCCCUGUCUUCAUGUAUACGGUGAAGCCGACAAGGUUGUUUCUCAUGAACUAAGUGCAAAACUCGUGGAACUUUUCGACAAAGAUAUGAUUGUUGUGGUCGAGCAUCCAGGUGGUCAUAUGAUGCCUAACAUGUCCAAAUAUAAGGGGAUGAUUGAUAAAUUCUUCAAAAUAGUUAAAAGUGUUCCCAGCACUUCGAAAUAA